AUGUCAAUGCUAAUACAUUCUUGGUCGAGGAUCGCGGUCAAGAUGGCUGUAAGGCCUAUUUACAUCCGGCCCUAUUACGGUUUGACCCAAAUUAAGAGUUUGCAUACCCACUACCGGCUAAGCAAUAGACUGCAGGAUAAUAAAAGUAACAGAAAAGGUAGAAGGAGCAACAGAGACGCUGAGUUUAACAGAGGAAUUCCCACAGACGAAGAAGUCGAGGCGAUAAGAAAAGAAGUAGAAAAAUAUAUCGAGGAGGCCAAAAAUAAUACAAUACCGGCUAAUUGGAAAGACCAAAAACGCAAAAUUGACGAAAGCAUCAAACGUCUAGAAGAUGCUGUAUUGAAACAAGAAUCCAGCCAAAAGGAAAAAGAGGAAAAAGAAGAAGAAGACGGAGGGGGAAAAGAACCUCUGAAAGCAAAACCAAGCAAAACUAGCGAACAAGGGUAUUUCGAAGGUAAUAAUAGCAAGAAUUUUCCACCUCCUCCACCUCCUCCUAAACCACCUCUAAAUGACCCUAGUAAUCCAGUCUCGAAAAAUGUCAAUCUAUUUCAAAUAGGGUUAACUUUCUUCUUACUUUCAUUUUUAUUGGAUCUUUUGAAUAGUUCCGAAGAACAAAGUGAGAUAACGUGGCAAGACUUUAGAGAAAAACUGCUGACAAAGGGUUAUGUUGCAAAAUUAAUUGUCGUUAAUAAAUCCAUGGUGAAAGUGAUCUUAAAUGACAAUGGCAAAAACCAACCCGAUAAUUACGGCCGUAAUUACUAUUAUUUCUCAAUUGGAUCCAUUGAUAGCUUUGAACACAAACUUCAGAAAGCACAGGACGAACUAGACAUUGAUAAGGACUUUCGGAUCCCUGUAUUAUACGUUCAAGAAGGUAACUGGGCUAAAGCUAUGUUCCAAAUCUUGCCAACUGUUUUGAUGAUUGCAGGCAUUAUUUGGUUAACAAGAAGAUCUGCGCAAGCUGCAGGCGGUAGUCGUGGGGGGAUAUUUGGUUUAAGUCGUUCUAAGGCCAAAAAAUUUAACACUGAAACAGACGUCAAGAUCAAAUUUAAAGACGUUGCAGGGUGCGAUGAAGCCAAGGAAGAGAUCAUGGAGUUCGUUAGCUUUCUGAAAGAACCUUCCCGUUAUGAGAAAAUGGGGGCCAAGAUUCCAAGAGGUGCAAUAUUAUCUGGUCCACCAGGUACCGGUAAAACCUUGCUUGCGAAGGCAACUGCAGGUGAGGCCGGCGUCCCAUUCUAUUUUGUUUCCGGUUCAGAGUUUGUUGAAAUGUUUGUAGGUGUCGGUGCUGCAAGGGUAAGAGAUUUGUUCAAAACUGCAAGAGAAAACGCUCCUUCGAUCGUGUUUAUUGACGAAAUUGAUGCUAUCGGGAAAGCUAGACAAAAAGGUAAUUUCUCAGGCGCUAAUGAUGAAAGAGAAAACACAUUAAAUCAAAUGUUGGUGGAAAUGGAUGGCUUUACUCCAGCUGAUCAUGUUGUUGUCUUGGCUGGUACUAAUAGGCCUGACAUCCUUGAUAAAGCUUUAUUAAGGCCUGGCAGAUUCGAUAGGCACAUUAAUAUUGAUAAGCCAGAACUGGAAGGCAGAAAGGCUAUUUUCGCUGUUCAUUUGCAUCACAUAAAGCUUGCUGGAGAAAUUUUCGACCUGAAAAAUAGAUUAGCAGCUCUGACUCCCGGAUUUUCUGGUGCUGAUAUUGCUAACGUUUGUAACGAAGCCGCAUUGAUUGCUGCAAGAAGUGACGAAGAUUCAGUGAAACUGAAAAAUUUUGAACAAGCCAUCGAAAGAGUCAUUGGUGGAGUGGAAAGGAAAUCCAAGCUACUGUCUCCUGAGGAGAAAAAAGUGGUUGCUUAUCACGAAGCUGGGCACGCUGUAUGUGGAUGGUACUUGAAAUAUGCAGACCCUCUCUUGAAAGUCAGCAUUAUUCCACGUGGUCAGGGUGCUCUGGGUUAUGCCCAAUACCUGCCAGGUGAUAUUUUCUUGUUGACGGAGCAACAGCUAAAGGACAGAAUGACAAUGUCUCUGGGUGGGAGAGUUUCUGAAGAAUUACACUUCCCCUCAGUAACUAGUGGCGCCUCUGAUGAUUUCAAAAAAGUGACUAGCAUGGCCACUGCAAUGGUCACGGAGUUAGGGAUGAGCGACAAAAUCGGUUGGAUCAAUUAUCAAAAGAGAGAUGAUAGCGAUUUGACAAAGCCAUUUUCAGACGAGACAGGUGAUAUUAUUGACUCCGAAGUGUACAGAAUUAUUCAGGAAUGUCAUGACAGGUGCACAAAGUUGCUCAAGGAAAAGACGGAAGAUGUAGAGAAGAUUGCCCAACUUCUGCUGAAGAAAGAAGUUUUGACAAGAGAAGAUAUGAUCAAUUUACUUGGUAAGCGUCCUUUCCCAGAAAGAAACGAUGCCUUUGACAAAUACUUGAACGAUUACGAAACGGAAAAAAUCAGGAAAGAUGAGCAGAGAAACCAAAAAGACAACGAGUUUAAGCCAUCUACAGACUGA